UAAGUGCGGCGAGGCGGGUGAGCAGCUAUUCGUGGACGUUGGGGGAAAAUUUUUGCUAUAGCCACUCAAAACAUCCGCUCGGCAGUGAAGGAGACGGGUCGUACGGAACCGAGAAGGGUUUACAACAGCUAAGUAUUUGUCCAGGUUACGCUAGGGCGACGAAUUUGACAGUAUCGCAGUCAAAAAUUGUAUUUACAUAACCAGCUUUCCCGGUAUUCGCGGCGGGGAGUAGCCGGUCCUGCCACCGUGUCUUGUGGUCGUUAACGGCACCAACUGCCUCAAUUUACAGGCCAAUUAAUUGCUCUGUUUUUCAGUUACACUUGAGUAAUGUCAACAGAGCGCAGGCCCACUUAAGUUUUCCAGUACAUGUACAUUUAUUUGCGCAUUUUUCACCAUUCAGAAAAACAAGUUAUACAACAAGCCAGGCUACAGCUCCCCAGCGAAUCAGGUCCUAAAGCCCGCCGGGUUGGUAGUCACAUUGCCGCGGAGCGCGCUCUGUCUUGUGCCCAAAUGGUUCAGCAGCCAUCGGUUUUUAAAUUCUUCGACAUUAUGGAAAAGGUUCUUUUAGAGCAAGGCUAAUUUAAAAAAAAGUUGGACCGCAUUAACUGAAAACAAAGGGUUGUAUGCUAAAAUAGCAUACGCGGACUUUUCUUCAUACAUUUGGAUUCCCAGUGGCCUUGUUCUCCCCGUGUUUUGUUUUUUUAUUCUUCGACAUUAACCGUGAGUGAGUCGGGAUAAAAGUGGAGCGAGCACCAAAAGACUCUUGAUAUCAUUCAAAAAGGAAAAAAAUAAGGACUCGUCCAGUUGAGUAAUGGUCAUUAAUACGAUCCACUGGUUCAGGAAGGGCUUGCGGCUCCACGACAACCCGUCGCUCAAGGAAUCUCUGCAGGGAGCGGACACUGUCCGCUGCAUCUACAUCCUCGACCCCUGGUUCGCGGGAUCGUCCAACGUUGGGAUCAACAGGUGGAGGUUCUUACUGCAGAGUCUUGAGGACUUGGACUCCAGCCUCCGUAAGCUCAACUCUCGUCUGUUUGUGAUUCGAGGCCAACCCACUGAUGUCUUUCCCAGACUUUUCAAGGAAUGGAAGAUUACUCGCCUGUCUUAUGAGUAUGACUCUGAGCCCUUUGGGAAGGAGCGAGAUGCAGCUAUUAAGAAGCUGGCCUCUGAGGCUGGAGUGGAGGUGACAGUUCGCACCUCCCACACGCUCUAUGACCUGGACAAGAUCAUAGAGUUGAAUGGGGGUCAGUCCCCUCUUACCUACAAGCGGUUCCAGACCCUCAUCAGUCGUAUGGACCCAGUGGAGGUGCCUGUGGAGUCCAUCACGGCUGAGAUCAUGGGAAAAUGCACUACGCCACUGUCCGAAGACCACGAUGACAAGUUUGGGGUCCCCUCCCUGGAGGAGCUCGGUUUUGACACUGAGGGUCUGUCCUCAGCUGUGUGGCCGGGGGGAGAGACUGAAGCCCUCACACGACUUGAGAGGCAUUUGGAGAGGAAGGCAUGGGUUGCCAACUUUGAGCGUCCCAGAAUGAACGCCAACUCGCUGCUUGCCAGCCCGACAGGCCUCAGCCCGUACCUCCGCUUCGGCUGCCUCUCCUGUCGCCUCUUCUACUUCAAGCUCACCGAUCUGUAUAGGAAGGUGAAGAAGAACAGCUCCCCUCCUCUCUCGCUCUACGGUCAGCUGCUCUGGCGCGAGUUCUUCUACACGGCAGCCACCAACAACCCGUGCUUCGACAAGAUGGAGAGUAACCCCAUCUGUGUUCAGAUCCCCUGGGACCGCAACCCCGAGGCGCUGGCCAAGUGGGCGGAGGGCCGGACCGGCUUCCCCUGGAUCGACGCCAUCAUGACCCAGCUGAGGCAGGAGGGAUGGAUCCACCACCUGGCCAGGCACGCCGUGGCCUGUUUCCUGACCAGAGGAGACCUGUGGAUCAGCUGGGAGGAGGGCAUGAAGGUGUUUGAGGAGCUGCUGCUGGAUGCAGACUGGAGUGUGAACGCAGGCAGCUGGAUGUGGCUCUCCUGCAGCUCUUUCUUCCAGCAGUUCUUCCACUGCUACUGCCCCGUGGGUUUUGGCCGACGCACAGACCCCAACGGAGACUACAUACGGCGCUACCUGCCCAUUCUGCGAGGGUUUCCAGCCAAGUAUAUUUAUGAUCCCUGGAACGCUCCAGAGAGCGUGCAGAAGGCAGCCAAAUGUAUUAUUGGAGUUCAUUACCCAAAGCCCAUGGUGCAUCACGCGGAAGCCAGCCGUCUCAACAUCGAGAGAAUGAAACAGAUCUACCAGCAGCUCUCCUGUUACAGGGGCCUCGGCCUUUUGGCUACAGUUCCCUCCAACUCCAGUGGCAACGGUAAUGGCAACAACGAAGCGUCCUCAGAUGCGAUGGGGUUCCAUGUUGAAGCUACACAUGAUGCUGCAGCUGCAUCUGGCUAUCAGAUGCCAGUUCACUCCCAGGGAGACUGGCAAAGUGGUGUCAUGAUGUACCUGCAGGGGGAUCCACAAGCCAGCAUCAGCACACAUCAGCAGGUUCCAGGUUAUGCAGGCACCAGUUCCAGUAUGAUGUGUUACACUCAAGGCAGCCAGCAGAUUCCUGCCCCUGUCAUUCAAAAAGGGCCUGAACAUCACUCCACCACUCAGACCAGUGGCAAACGGCACAGCGAGGACUCUGGAAAUGGCAAAAGCUCUAAAGUCCAGAGACAGAGCAGUCGCUAGAAAGGAGCGCCUGCAGACUCGCUGACAAACACACCGUGUAUACAGCCAACACAAAGUGGACACUAAGACUUACAUAUUUGUUUAAAGCACUACAGUGUUGCAUGAUCUCACCCUUCAGGAGGAGCAUACGAACCCGUCACCACACACAUUCACAAGUUUCUCCAGUAACCGGACUGUAUAUUAUCAUGUGGACUGCACGGCCUGGCCAGUGGCGACAUCGCUGGAGAGGCUGUUACACUGUGCUUAUCUUUGGGUUAAUAUUGCCGGGACAAAAGUCCUUGUGUAUAUAAUGAAUUUGCUAAUUUCAGCUCACAUACAACUUGUACAUAUUUGGAUAUUGUAUGUGUGUUUUCUCGCUUUGUGUAGCUCAUAGACCCAUUGAUAUAUUUUUGAUAUGAGAAAUCAUUGAGGAUGGAUCUUAUUUCUUUUUGGAAAAAUUUUCAAUAAAAAAGCAUUUAAAGACCGUCCAUUCUGAAGUAAUGGUGAGAAAAAUCUUGUAUCUCUGCUAAUACAGUCGCCUGUCCUCAUUUAUUCUACUUCCCAAAUUUCCUUUCUGAGCCAUCCGAUGUAUCUAUCAACAGAAGUGUUUCGAUCAUUUCCUUCCUCUAUCUGAGAACUAGCUGGCUCGCUUUGUCCCUUACCACUGUAGAGGCGAUAUCAGUAUGAUGUUAACUAUCAACUUAUUGCCCUUGUCAAUGGUUUUUGAGAAAAGGUGACAGGAAUAAAGAGUCUUCAUAUCAUGGUGUCCCUCCCCCCCUGUGUAAUUCCCAAUAAAUGUACCACUGGAGAGAACUGCUUCAUUUGCUUCUUGUUCCUUCUCAAUGUGCUUGUUUAAUUAAAACUGGGUUAAGUA